CCCAAAACGCCACCGAAUUCCCCCACCGCGGCGGUGCGUGUUAUGGGCGUGCCAUCCUAACACAACCGGAAAUGGGGCAAGCCACCUCCACCCACGGCGCCCCGUCGUCGGCCCAAGAUCAAGACUUCUCCUCCGCUAUCCCCGACGGAUGCCUCGCCUCGAUCUUCCACCGCCUCUCCCCCGCCGACCGAUCCAGCUGCCUCCUCGUCUGCCGCCGCUGGCUCGCGAUGGAGGGCCAGAACCGCCGCAGCCUCUCCCUCAACGCCUCCUCCCGCGUCACCGCCCUCCUCCCCUCCCUCUUCUCCCGCUUCGACUCGCUCACCUCCCUCUCCCUCCUCUGCCCCCGCGCCUCCACCAGCCUCAACGACCACGCCCUCAUCCUCAUCUCCCACCGCUGCCCCUACCUCUCCCGCCUCAAGCUCCGCCGCUGCCGCGAGGUCUCCCCCGUCGGCAUCCUCGCCCUCGCCCAGAACUGCAGAUCAUUAACUGCAUUCUCAUGCACCUCGUGCACGUUCGGAGAUAAGGGCAUGUCCGCUCUCCUCAACAACUCCUCCUCUCUUGAAGAACUCUCCGUCAAGCGAUUGCGCGGAAUCAGAGACGGAGAGGGCUUUGAAAUCAGCCCCGGCCUCGCCGGCCCCCGCCUCAGAUCAAUCAAGCUAAAGAAGCUCUACAACGGGCAAUGCUUCUCCCGCUUAAUAACCGAAACAAAUAACCUCACACAUCUGACAAUAUCCAGCUGUUUGGGGAAUUGGGACGGAAUAAUCCGCGCCGCCAUGACAAAAAACAACAACUUAUUCAAACAGAUUCACCUGGAAAAAAUCCAGGUGAGCGACGUCGCGCUGUUCGCAAUCUCAAAAUGCUUAAGACUAGAGGAGUUCAAAGUAGCAAAAGCCCCGGAUUUCUCCAACGAAGGAAUCUCCGCUGUUGUAAACAAAUGCAAACUCUUAAGGAAGCUCCACAUCGACGGCUGCCGGAGCAACCGCAUCGGCGAUUCAUCGGUGAUGGCGAUAGCGGAGAGCAGUGCCAACCUCGUGAAGCUCGUUCUAGUCGGGGUGAGUGUUACCUCGGUGAGCCUAACCGCCAUGGCCUCGAGCUGUGAACACCUCGAGACGCUGGCGCUCUGCGGGAGCAGGACGGUCGGGGACCAUGAGAUAACGUGUGUCGCAGCAAGGUGCGUGUCGUUGAGGAAGCUGUGCAUAAAGAGGUGCCGGGUGACGGACGCGGGGAUCGAGGCGGUGGCGAACGGGUGCCCGAAUUUGGUGAGGAUUAAGGUGGAGAAGUGUAGGGGGGUGUCGAGAGGAGUGAUGGAGAUGCUGAGGGAGAGGAGGGGAUCGUUGGUUGUGGAUUUGUGUGUGGAUGAGGCGGAGGCGAAGAUGGUUCGUGCCAAGGUUUUCGCGAUCCUUUUCGUCUUCACGUUUUAUGCGAUUUUGUGGUUGGGAAAUGAUCUCUUGUGAAGGUGUUAUGUAUUCUUCAUCUUGGGGGUGGAAUGACUUGCUAAAUAUUGAUUUGUGUUUUUGGAUUUUCUCUAACUACGCUACUAUAUUGUGGUCCAUAUCUAGGAGGAAAUGAGUUUUGUGAACAAAACCUUACCAUUACUAUUGUUUUAUCAUCACUUUAAAGUUAAGGGACGGAUAGGGCGUGAAUGGUAUGAUUACCUAAUGUAAUUGGAUAGACUGUAAGAAUGAUAGACUUAGCGUAAUUUCUUAUAGUGUAUUUGAUAUUGUUUACCCAGUAGUAUGCUUUUGGGUGCAAGGAACCUUAUUCAUUAAUUGAGAUCUUGUUUGUUACGAACAUAACUUAUCUUCAUCAUAGAUACACUGAUCUUCUUCGCUUUUAAA